CGGGAGUGGGGCGGGGCUCCUGGAGGCGUGCUGCAGCCACGUCCCGCGGUCCCCCAGCGAAGCCGACCCCCGGCUUGGAGAUCCUCAGGGUGGCAGGCAUGUCCGAGGUGAAGAGCCGGAAGAAGCCGGGGCCCAAGGGGGCUGCCGCCGAGCCCGAGAAGCGGAGCGAUGGCAGGAAGAACCCCGAAGCACGCGGCGGCGCGGGCUGGGCGGACCCCCGCACCGGGCUCAGCCUGCUGUCGCUGGCGACGUGCCUGGGCCUGGCCUGGCUUGUAUUUCAGCAAUCGGAAAAGUUUGCGAAGAUGGAACGCCAGUACCAGUUACUGCAGACAGAAAGCGGCGAGUUUCAAGGACUGCGGAAUAAAAUCAGUUUCAUUUCAGACAAGCUUGAGUCUACCGAAAGUAUCCUGCAGGAAGCUACAUCAUCCAUGGCUCUGAUGGCCCAGUUUGAACAGGAAGUAUCUGGCCUCCAAAGAUCCAUACAGGACAUUGAGAAUAGUGAAGAGAUGCUCACACAAAAGAUGCAAAACCUUAAUGAGAAAUUCCAGAACAUUACAGAUUUCUGGAAGAGAACUCUGGCAGAAAUGAGCAAUAAUACAGCCACUUUCAAAUCAGAAGCAAAGCAUAUACAUUCUCAAGUAACCAUGAAAAUUAACUCAGCUGAGCAAGAAUUGAAAUUGCUCACUGACCGGCUGAGAGAUUUGGAAGACAGCACCCUGCGAAAUGUGAGAACAGUAAGCAGGCAAGAAGAGGAAGACCUUCUCCGAGUGCAGGCGCAGCUGAGCUCUGAUUCGGAAGCAGUUGAGAGGCUGCAGGAAGCCCAGCACGCUCUCCUAGCCAGAGAGGAAGAUCUGACCGGUAAACUCUCCAACUACGGACCCAAAGUUGAGGAGUGUAAGGCACAUUUGCCGGCUGUGGAAAAUGCGGUCCACUCCAUUCUCAGAGUCUCUCAGGAUCUGAUGGGGACAGAAAAGAAAAUGGAAGACCUGACUCUGCAGAUGUUUAACAUGGAAGAUGACAUGCUAAGGGCAGUGUCUGAUAUAAUGGAGAUGCAGAAGACCCUGGAGGGGAUUCAGUACGACAACAGCAUCUUAAAGAUGCAGAACGAACUGGUUGUUCUGAAAGGGAAAGUUCACGAUUUCAUAGCCUACUCAAGUGCAAGAGAGAAGGGGACCUUGGGGAAAUAUGACCUAGAAAACAAGGGAGCUGGUGAUUAUUAGGGUCCCAGCACACUUGAUGGACUGUAUUAUUCAGUGGAAAUCAGUCAGUUCUAUGUUUUUUCAGUCAUUUUUCUCUGCCUCACUUCAUAGAGAAUAAGUGGAGUAUGGUCCGUAUGGAGUGUGCACAUAAUCACAGUUCUCUCUUUUUAAGCUCUAAAACUUAUUUUGACCAUUUUAAAUAGAAAUAGUUCUGCGGGGAGGUGGUGGUGCACACCUUUAAUCCCAGCACGCAGAGCCAGCAGCAGGCAGAUCUCUGAGUUCAAGGCCAGCCUGGUCUACAGGGGGAGUUCCAGGACAGCCAGGGCUACACAGAGGAACACUUUCUCAGAAAAAAAGAAAGAAAAAGAAACAGAAAGAAAGAAAUAGUUCUAAAAUAUAUAUUGCUCUACUUUUUAGGCAAUAUAUUUAAUAUCUACAUGUUUUUCCAAUAGUUAAUAGACAUUAUUAUGAAUUGCAGUUUUUGGUUUUUUUCCGAGACAGGGUUUCUCUGUGUAGCUUUGGAGCCUGUCCUGGAACUCACUUGGUAGCCCAUGCUGGCCUCGAACUCACAGAGAUCCACCUGCCUCUGCCUCCCGAGUGCUGGGAUUAAAGGCGUGCGCCACCACUGCCCGGCUUGAAUUGCAUGUAUUAUACUAGAGAUAUAUAUAGAGAGAGAGACAUAGAUAUCUAUAUAUAGAUAACUAUGGCAAAUAUUGAGACGGUUUACCAUUUCACUGUGUGACCUGAGUUUUCCGUUUUUCAAAGCUGUGUCUGUUUCUCGUGCUUUUUCUGCCUCCUGCUCUUGCAGUCAGUUGGUAGCACACCUGCCUCUGCCAGCUUCUCACAUUCAGACGACAAGUUCCUAGGAAUUUCACGUCAAGUGGAAGGUAAUAGGCCUGCAGGAGAGCCCGGGGCUCUUCUCUGAGGUAACGCCAGGUUCUCAGAACUAUGGCGCCUGGGAAGUAGUUUCCCUUUUUGCAAAGGUUCUAAACUGUGUUACAGACACUUAGAAGUUUAACAUGUGAGUAAAUGUCUUCUUACUUUGUCCUCAUUAAUAUCUUCUACUGACUGGUUAUGCUUUGAAGCAUGAGCGUAUGGAGUGCCUUUGUGUGCCGACUUUAAUUUCCAAAGCUUGAAUUGUGUGUCACUGGAGUUCACUCACUACAGCUAAUAGAUACUUAAAAUACAAAUACGCAGUAAGCCUGUGCUGCUUUAAAGAUAAAACAACGUAACAAUAAAUUGUGAUGAUUAUGACAUAUUUAUGUCAUUAUUUUACAGAUUCCCCAACUUAUGAAACUGUUUGUUUUACAUACUGAUUUUAUUUUAGGCUUGGUGGCGCACACCUUUAAUCCCAGCACUCAGUAGGCAAAGGCAGGCGGAUCUCUGUGAGUUCAAGGCCAGCCUGGUCUACACAGUAAGACUGUGUCUCAGAUGAUAAUAAUAAUAUUAAUAAUAAUAAUAAUAAUAAUAGUAAUAGUAAUAAGGCCAGGAGAUAGCUCAGCAGGUGAAGCGCUUGCUGUGAAAGCGUGAUGCUUGAGUCCACCCGGCACUGACAUGAGAAGUUGGGUCCUUUAAUCCCAGCCCUGGAAGGCAGAGCCAGAACGCAAAUAUCACAUGAGAAAACUAUUGAAAAAUCUGUGUCUAUGUAUCACUCUAAGAAAUUUGCCAAGCCGGGCAGUAGUGUUACAUGCCUUUAAUCCCAACACUCAGGAGGCAGAGGCAGGCGGAUCUCUGUGAGUUUGAGGCCAGCCUGGUCUACAGAGAGAGAUCCAGAACAGCCAGGGCUACACAGGGAAACCUGCUGGUGGCAUGUCAGAGGAGCUUCGGAUGGCAGUUGACUUCAGGGUGUCAUCCCACCAGGAGUCGAUCCCUGAUGGGUGAAUCUCGGAUAGGCAAGGCCCCAAGACCACAGGCUCCAGAGUGUCUUUUGUUCUGCUGUGCCUUCACAUGUUUGCUGCUGCCAUCUUUCUCUGGUGUCUGGCAUGGUGUGAACGGGUGUUGGGAGAUCCCUGCUGCCUGUAAUGUAGUGUGUUUAUCUCAUGGAAACAUCCCGUUCUACUGGGCAUUUUUUACCUGUGGAUUAUUAUGAAGAUGAUUUCUCCUUAGGCUGUACUGUCUAAUUGAUAAUAAUAAUGCUAGUUUAAAUAGAAUUUUUAUGAGAAAAAAUAAAACAAGGAAGUGUUAUACAGCUAGAACAUAUAAGUUUCUAUUGAGGACUCAUAUAGACUGUGGCUCAAGUUAAUGAUUAAGAAAAAAAUGAUUGAGUCCCAGUAGCCCAGCUAAUUUAAAUUAUUUUAAUCUUAAUGUUGGGAGGUAUGUUUACAGGUUUCAGAGUGCAUCAUAGCUGAAACAAAGCUGUAGCUGAAACUGACAGAGAUCUCAAAAUUGUAAUCAAAGCAAUUAAUAAACCGUUUUGGCUAUGGGAGGGCAGUAGCAUAAACCCUGUCUAGAAAAAAAAACAAAAAACAAAAAAGAAAUUUGCACUGGGGCUGAAGAGAUGACUCAGUGGUUAAGAGCACUGGUUGUUCUUGCAGAGGACCUGGGUUUGAUUCCCAGCCUUCACAUGAUGGCUCACAACCAUCUGUAACUCGGCUUCCAGGGUAUCUGGCACACUCUUUUGACUUCUGCAAACACCAGGCAUGGCAUGCGUGUGGUGCAUGGACAUAUCCAUAUAUAUGUAUAUACAAAACAUUCAUAUGCAUAGAAUAAAAUAAGUGCUUUUUAUUUCUUAUUUAUCAAAAUUGUCAUUGGAGAGGUCUAGAUACAUUUAAUGAAUCUUCCUUUGUUUCCCUUUUGUGUGUUUUAGAGCUUUUUAUUUUAUUUUUGAGACAAGGUCUCAGUAUGUACCCCAAUUAGUCUUAACUCACCAUCUUCGUGCUUCUGCAUUUCAGGUGAUAGGGGUCACAGGUAUAUGCAAUGACACAGACUUCAUUUUGUUGUGCUUUUUGAAAACUGCCAAUAUUCUAAUAUACAUUUUUGUAUCUCUGUAAUUGAUAAUAAAUUUUAUAUCAAUUAGCUUA